CGGCAGUAGAGCGCUACUUACAAUAGUUCACUUCCGCACCCGAAGAAGAAACAAGACUACUUUGAAAUGUUGUGGCGACAUGUGCAAAGCGGUGUGAAAUCCACCUCUUGAAUACGUUUCUGGAUCUGGUUGAGAAUAAACGACACGCCAUUUGUUAUUGGUUUCACUUUGGUAACUUUUGCCAGUGAUCUUGCGGAUGGCCGCGGCUGUUGUGUGUUUGUAGCAGGGAUGUCCUCGCCGUGGAGGGACACGGAGCGCCAGGUUCCCCGGACAGAGCUGAGCCAGCAGAGCAGAGCUGAGCUGCAGGAGCUGCUGCUGCGACACCAAAACAUCCUCAACAACAAGAAACUGUUGCAGACUCUUCCCGACAAAGGUAAAAAGGUUAAAGACCUUGUAGAGAAUGUACUUCUUGCCAUUGAAAAGCGCGAUGAAGAGGAGAGGAGGCACAGCCUGAUAACUGCAGCCAGGACAGAGUUGCAGUCCAAAUACCAGCAGGCUUUCACUAACCAGCAGCGUGGUUUCUCCACAACACCAGCAUCUUUGGAGCCAAACAGGAGGAAUAAGGAUUCUGCAGGACAUGUCGUACAAGAGAGGGAGACCUCAUCUGUCUCUACAGAUUUGCAGGAAAACACCACUUUGGACAAGCAACAGGACCAGUCUCUCUCCAGAGCAGCUCUUGUUGAAACCAUGGAAACGGGUGCUGCUGCUGGGGUCUCUCUGACAUCUAGGGAGACUAAAGAGGAGGAACUUGUCGAAGCGUUGGACAGUGUUAGGCUGUCAGAAACUGAUACUGGAGAAUCCAAAGAACAUUUAAUCAGCAGUGUAAAAGACAAUUACUUUCUCCUGAAGCAGCCACCAAAAACACCUCACUAUAUAACUGUCCUGAAUAAAGCAGAGACAUCAUCAGCUCCCAGAAGGCAAAAGUUCAAACCGAAUCAGUUGGCAAGAAAUAACAUUUCUCCGUCAGGAUCCUCGUCACCUGGCCUUUCACCUGGAAGGUCGUCACCGCUCUCUACUCAGGCCAGGAGGGAGCGAGACAGAAAACAUCUGGAUGACAUCACUGCAGCCAAACUCCCUCCUCUCCACCACAGUCCAGCACAACUUUUGUCUCUGGAGGAGUCAUCCGUCCUCCUGAGAGAACAAACCAAACGGCAGCAGGAGUUGCAUGCCAAGCUGGCAGCCCAGAAACUGUCUCAGGGACUGAAAAUCUCCAUGGGGAGCUACACUCCUGACGGUGGCCCCAUGGCUGCCUACAGAGAAGUUAACGAUGAAGAAACCCAGCUCUCCUCUGAGGAGGACUGAUACUGGAGGGCCGGCCGGGGAAACCGGUACAACCUUGACCGCGAUGGGAACAGCCUUUGGAACUCAUGAUGAACCAUCAGGCAGGAUUUUUAGUCCCAGAGGUGGCUGAGUGUAAAUGUUGGUAUCUCAGACUCAGAAACUUGACUGUCAAGUUUGGAAACUAGAUCAUUUAAUUUUAUUUCAUUUAGUGUUGCGGUGAGUUGUUUCCAAGUCUUGACAUCAUGGUUUUCAGAGCUUGGGGGUGCUGUACUUUGAGAAUGUUGAUAAUGAUUUGCACUUAAAGCUCAUUAAUGUGUGGAGCUGCGUUUACAGUUUUAUCCAGGAAACCCAAAUUGUAUAAAAAUUGUGUCAGAAUGAAUAUGAACUAUAACCUUAUGAAUACAUCUGAUCGCCCAGAUGUUUAUGUAAAGAUGGCUGGGGUGGAUGCUGUGGGUAAAAUUAUUGUUAGAAGAUCCUACUUUUUCUUGACUAACAUGACCUGGCUGACUGACAAUAAAGGGAAUGGUUUUCUUGUCAAUAUCUAAUUUACCCCACAAUUUACAAGCUUAAAGUUGCAUGUUCAUUUUUAUUCUUUAUUGUUGAUGAAUAAAAAUGUCAUCUUUGGAGAAGCACAGUUGAGUGGACACCUCAUAUCUCAGUGUUCUGUCAUUUUUUCAAAUUCUUUUCAUAAGUCAUUGCUACUGGUUACCCAUCAUCUGCCAAUAGUUUGAAACAAAUGAGAGGUUUUAUUCAGUUCAGGACUGAACCUCAUAAAUCUGAUCCCCAAAUC